UCUGCAAAGUGUCAAUUUUUAUUUAUACUUUGUAGAAAUAAAGCAUUUCGUUUUAUUUUAGAACAAACUGAAAGAAUGUUAUUGUAACAUAAAGAUAACACAUAGCGUUGAAUGAAAAACGACUAGUAACCUAAAACAGUAACAUUUCGAAUAAAAUGUAUUUUCAACACUUCGUUUCAUUUAUGUUAUUGUUAACACCGAAUAUUUUAUUACACUGCGCGUCGGCGGCGGUUCACAGCCACAGCUUGGAUAACACGGAGCGAGAGUCCGACGGGGCGUUCCGGCCGCGGGAUGCGGAACACUACAACGACGCCGGGCAUAACGUCGAGUUUGAUCAUGAAGCGAUUUUAGGUAGUGUGAAGGAGGCUGAGGAGUUCGAUAAACUGUCACCCGAGGAGUCGAAGCGGCGGCUGGCGCUGCUGCUGCCCAAGAUGGACCUGAACGGAGACAAGUUCAUUGACCGGAAUGAACUUAGGAAAUGGAUCUUAAACUCUUUCAUCAAGCUCUCGCGGGAGGAAGCCGAGGAGCGCAUGACGGAGGCGGACGAGGACCGCGACGGGGCCGUGACAUGGGCGGAGUACUUACGGGAUUCUUUCGGAGUUGAUACAGAGGAAGAACUCAACCCGGAGGACACUGGGGAUACAGGCAUGUUGGUUCGUGAAGAAAAGGCGAUGUGGAAAGCGGCAGACCAAGAUGGAGACGGAAAACUGGACUUGGCUGAGUUUGAGGUGUUCACGAACCCUGAGGAGCACGCAGUGAUGCAUCCGUAUCUGGUGGCGCAGACCCUGCGCGACAAGGACAGCAACAGCGACGGGCUCAUAGACUUCAACGAGUAUGUGGGAGAGAGAGGCGUCCAACAAGACAAGGAGUGGUUGAUCUCGGAGCGCGACAGGUUCGACCACGAGCUGGACUCGAACCGCGACGGGCUGCUCGACGAGCGCGAGGUGCACCGCUGGGUCAUACCGGACAACACCGAAAUAGCGGACGAAGAGGUCGAUCAUCUGUUUGCAUCAGCCGAUGAUGACCACGAUGAUCAGUUGUCGUAUGACGAGAUACUGACUCAUCACCACGUGUUUGUGGGCAGCGAGGCGACGGGCUAUGGCAACGAUAUCGAUAGAUUCGACGACGAAUUGUAGCGUGACAAUAGACAAUAGACAAUAGACUGUACCAUAGAUAACUUUUAUACCAUAGACAAGAAAUAAUUGAAAAUGGCGUACACUAUAAUAGGCUUGCGUGUUGUACACUAUGGCAGUCGAAUCGAAUUAAAGCGAGCAUGGCGCAAUUUUCCUAACUUUAUCAUGACAAAAAUUCAGACUAUAUUUUGAUUUGUGAACAUAAAAUGAAUAUAAUUGUUUUCCAGUGCAAUUUAUAGUGGACAAACAUCCAAACGUACUUUUAAUUUUAACUUUCACAUUUAUUAUUUUAGUGUGAUAUGUAUAGCUCUGUUUAUAUCUAAUUCAUAUCUUCAUGAGAUUCACCUCGAAAAUAAAUAGCAUAUCGAUUCUACUUCGACAAAGUGUACACAUUGCAAGCGCUAAAUCUUGUUUUUGACAAUAUUAAUUAUGAUCUGUCUUAAAAAAAAGCAAAAAACACAAUUUUGAGAAUGAUUUCUAAGUAAAAAUCACAAAUUAUUAUAAUAAAUAUGGGAUUUUAUAUCGAUUACAACGCCGCGUUUCUUGGUCGAACUGUCACUAGCACAUUUUUUACUAAAAAAUAUUCUAAGUUUUCUUUUAUUUUGCAUUAAAAAUAUGUUUGUUUUGUUUGUUAUUUAUAUAAGAAAAGAUACAAGCAUACUUUAUAGUUUCAAGAUACGAUUAUGGCCAGUUUUCAAUACCCAAUUAAAUGUAAAAAAAAGUAAAAUUAGUUUUUAGUGCCAUAUUUAUGUUCAUGAUGAAUUACGAUCGUUUUAGGUUACUGGUUUUUGUAGAGAAUGUAUGAGAAUAUAUAUCUAUAUGAUUCAUAUUUAACACUCGUAUAAGAAAAAUGUUAUUUUAAAUUAUGUAUUGAUUUUAUUUAAUGGAUCUGUUACUUAUACGCCACAUAGUACUUUAUUGUACUUAAACGCCAAUUUUUGCCACAAAGAAGGUAAUAUAUUGAAGAUUGAUGUUCAAAUAAACUAGUCAGUUAUUAUUUACAACACUCGAGCGUUCGUGGGCGUCAUCUCCAUUCAUUUUCUUCGGGUAUUUUUCUGCUUUUCAUCACCAUAUUGAAUUAUUAACAUGCAGGAGUUUCAUAAGCAUAUAUAUGGGGAUGACGCCAUUUUUGUAAGCAAACAGCAACAGAUGUGUAUUAUUUUAAAGUAAUUAUUUAUCGAAUGGUAUUUAAUUUUUAGUUUAAUUACUGGUAUCUUUUAGUAAAUAAACGUAUAUUUACUAAUA